GACCGAGAAAGCAACUAUAACAACGUCCUUGUCAGACGCAGAAAUAAAGACAGUCGUUGAUAACAAGGCUUCGGGAAGUAGACAAUAGUGAUGCAUAAGCCACAUUCAGAUACUUAGAACAAUGAAACAAUGUCGACACAAAUACAUGGUUGUAUAACCAUGCCAUUCACACCAAUAGCAAACGAGCAACUGGUGGGUUUACUUAAUCCCAAACACACGCCCAAGGCAUGCCGUCCUUUUCGUCCAGAGCGAGGCGUCAGCUUGAAACUUUUGUGAGAGUCGAGUAUAUAGACUCGUAAUCGAACAGCUGCCGUCCCCCUGAAAGCUCGGAACAUCAAAUCCCACGCCAUAAAUCAACCUGAAGAACCCGUAUACCGGCCAUCAUGCAGGUGGACAUCGUUACCUUCCUAUGCUUCGUCUUGGGCUUCUAUCUCAAAGGUAUAUCAGUAACGGAUAUCCUGGGGUUCUCCGUAGGAUGUGUUCGCGUAGCCUGGCGUCUGUUUUGGUGGUGGUUCUACGAGGAUUACGUGCCGGGGCUCAUCCUCAUCGGAACAAUAGCGAUGUUGGCGGGCAAAACGGUCUUCGCGGCGAUAGUAGGUGUAAUCUCCCUCAGCUUGCAGAUCCGGUAUCUAUUCACUAUACGACACGCCCUCGGGCACCUCGUCUUGUUGCUUGCGGCCCGUCUGGCCCGCCCUUUUCAGCUCGCUUUCGCGAGAGAAGUGCAUAGGUUUAUGCCGCCAUCCGUAGCAUUCGAUACACUAGGAUUUAUGGUGGUGGUUUUGCUAUUGCUUCGGGGUAUAUAUUUGGUGGACUUCGGAUUUUCUCAUUUCGAUAUAGAAAACGAAGACGAAAUACGCCAGCACUUCGAAGCGGCUACGAUGAUACCCCAUCACCGAUGGAGACACGGAGUAGACGGUCAAGUCGUCCCGCUAACGGAUUGGCAUUUCGAAUAAUUCAUUUGGUAGCCUUGAAUGAAGGGGUAAGAUAACCAGACGGGAUAUAUAUAAUAAUAAAUUUCAAAUGACUUUCGAAUGACUUUCGAAAAUGCAACGCUAUGCU